CAUUUCGCAGGUGUUAGUUCGCAUUAAUUUGCUGUAGUUACAUAGCUGCUUAGUUUCUUCUCUUCUGUAUUAGUUGUAGUGUUUUGACACUGGUUGUCUUUUGUAGAGCUUUUAGUUAAUAAACAUUUAUAUAACAAGAAGUGCACAGGGUGGGGCGCUGCCGCAGCGCUCGGCUUGGCUACAGGGGGCAGUAGAGAGCAGGUGCCGACGGCCCUGCCAGUCUGAAAAAUGGCGGCAGGCACCUCGGUAGCAGGCGGCCGAGCCAGCGUUUCCCAUCCAUUUCUCGAGUACCUCUCGCCAUCGGGGUAAAACCGCGCAGCCAGAGCUCGAAUGGAGCCUCGGCGGCGGCACCUGUGAGGGGAGAGGAAGCGGAGUCAUGGGCGACGUGAUCGAGAUCGCCUCGGACUCAGAGUCGGACUCGGACGUGGAGAUUGUCGGGGUGACGGUGACGGCCCAGGAGUCGGAGACCGAAAGCUGCGGAAUAUGCCGCGCCCGGCGCACCCGCUCGGAGUGGGGCAGCUACCGGCGGCUCCGGGAGCCGUGCUGCUCCUCUGGGGAAAAUAUUGAUUUGACAGAGGAUGAGAAUGAAAUGCACAAUCAAGUGAACAGCACUAAAGACAUAGGAAGUACGCGGAUCAAUUUGACAAACUAUUACGAAGCAGAGCAAAGCCCACAGAUUUCUGUUUCCAACAACCUGAAUCAUUUUAUGCUGGAUUCUGAUGGAGACCUGACAGAUGGUAACGGAGGGCACCUGUCCCCUGGGUUCCAGUCUGAUUGGAUAAUGUUCAAGGAAGAACCUGACCUCAAAGCUCCUCCUGUUCUAACAGUUGAAAUUACAACUGAAGAGAAUUCAUCGUUACCGAUUUCCAGUAAAUUUUCUAAUGAAGACCCUUUGCCAGAACUGGACUUCAUUGGCCUUGAUGAAACCUGGGAUUCUCACAUCACUGAAACAAAUGGGGACUCCUGUAGAACCUCAAGUCAUAUGAGUAGCAGCUCUGUUUGCAGUGUAGAUUCUGACACAAGUAUAAAUAGUGAUGUAGAAUCUCUGGAAACAUUUUCCCCAGGUGCGCCUAUUCCAUGUUCGUCACCAAGUAGUACUGGAGGCCUUUUGGAAGAUCUUAAAAGCGGCUCUGAGGAAACUAAUCACACAAUUGAUGAAUUUGAAGCAGGUUCAAGUACGGAUAUUGAAGAUAUACCACCAUUGAUACCUCAGGACUCUGAGGAUUUUAAAAUGAAUACUUACCACUUUCCUCCCAACCUAAAUAUGCCAGUACUUAAAUCUUGGCAGCAGCCUCCAAGUCAGAAUCAAGAAAAUGAAAAUGAAUUAUGUUCUUUACCAAUUGAAAACAAAGCACAGGACUGUGUCCUGGCUGUGGAUCAGCCUGGAGAUCAGAUUCUAUCACCAAACAAAUCUGAAAGCCAUUUACUGACUUCAAAUGGAAUUAAGGAAGCAAGCCCAAACUGCUCAGUAGACAAAGAGUUGUUGCAAAGUUUUCGCUAUUUCACGGGAGUACCAGUUCAACAUUUGUUUGUUAAGCGUCGUAGAACUGAAAAAUGGCACAAGGUAAAUCAAAAUUCCCCAUCAUCGGCAGCUUAUCGAAAUAGAUCAAAGGAACCAGAGUUGAUCUCUCAAAGACAGUGCAGUAUGAUAAACAGCACCAUUGAUGAAAACUUUUGUCAAGGAACCCUUCAGUUUCUGAUGGAUUUUGUAUCCCCUCAACAUUAUCCGCCUCAUGAGGUUGUGCAGUAUAUAAUCAAGAAGAUAUUACUGAGCAAUGAAUCCUCCAGCGUUAUUAUGUCUGCUUAUAUGACCCUAAUGAAGAUCCAACAGCUACAUCCUGCAAAUAUUUCCACAGUGCAGUGGGACUGGCAACUACUGGCUUAUCAUGUGGAGAAUAAGGGCCCUCACAAGAAUGAUUCACUGACCAGAAGUAAUCGACUGUUAUUCCUGCAGUAUGUCGUUCAGACACUUGAGGAUGAUUUUCAACUGAAACGUGACAUGCCCCAAAAAUCCAUAGCCAAGUCUGUUCUAUCCUGUGACGACAAAUUUUCGAAUGUAAGGAGUGUCAUUAAGUGGCUCAUUGAUACUGUCUCCAAGGACACUGAAGAAAUACAAGAGGGAAACAGUCCCACAUCAUCAGCAUCUAAUAACCUUCUGGUGGUGGACACUAGGAAUCUAAGAAUUAUUUGUCUUCUUCAGAAGAUGCUUACUUUGGCUGUAGAAGUGGACAGAUCUCCAACCUGCAGCUCAAAUAAAAUUGCAGAAGCAAUAUUUCAACACUUCAUUUAUAUUUCUAAAAGAUCACAUAGGUUAACAGUGUUAAGAAGUAUGGAGAGCCAACUCCUGCGCUGCAAGUUGCUAGAAUUUCUCUUCCACCAUUGCACUAAAAAACAAAAUACUCUGCCAAUGUCAUUGGGAAAAGUACUACAUUUCCUUAAAUAUGCUAAAUUUCCCUUGGACACUGAUGAGCACCAUUCCAGCAAAUGGCAAUAUUGGGAUGAACUUGUCCACCUUCUCUCUUUAUUGCUUCUGAGCUAUCAAGAGGUGACAAAGCGUCGCCUGAGGCUUUCAAUCACAGAACGGGUGAAAUAUGUUCUUGCUGACACACCUCCAAUGCUCACAACACAUGAUGUGAUCACUGAGAAAGAAGUUCUGAAAGAUAUGGAGGAAUUCUACAGCAGAGUAUUCAGUGAUUUGGGAAGACCACUGAAUCCACAAUUAGAAGAGCAGAUCAGUCUACUGAAGGAUCUACUGCUUUGUGCAGCGACUGGAACAUAAUUUUUUACAUUUAGUUUAAGAGGAGCAUUCUAUAUACAAUAUAAACUGUGAUUUGCUUUCAACAAACUAUCACUCCCUGCACAAAGUGAUGCACUGGAAUUUUGGAUCUCAAUUCUUUAACAUAUUUUUAAAACAUAGCAUUAAGAUUUCUCCCAAUGAUACAGUAGUCAAAUAUAUUAUUAAAAAAAACUACUGUGGUUUUAUUAUUUUAACCUUGAACUGUAUUCCUAAUUCAGAAUCGAAAGACUGUGAUCAAAUCUGUUUUGCCUUAGUGGAUUUUUCCCUCUGGAUUCUAAAAUCCAGUUGACAUACAAAAUGUCGGUUAUUUUCAGGUUUCUCCAAUGUAUUGAAAUGGAAUUUGUAUGUGGGAGAUGGUGGUCUUUUGUUUUUGUGUGAUCUAUUUGGUCUGAACACACAAAUUCAGGGUUGAUCUGAGUUCAAACAGUGGUGUUUAUUACAUAUCAUGCACCUUUUGGUGCUUUGGAUUAAUGGUUUUCUGUUUGACUCAAAUGAUAAUUAUUUCUGUAUCUCAAAGAGUUUCUCUGUACUUUUUUAAAGGAAGAAUUUUAUUUUAAAGUUUGAGGCAGUUGAAAUUGUGUACCUGCUGCAUAUAUAUUGUCUAAAUUUAUGAAUUUAGAAGUGAUUUAUUGAUUUUCCACCUCCAUGUCUCUUUUUCAAAUUAACUUUUGUGAGAUAGCUCUACAAGUUUAUAAACUUGUGUACAGUGGAAUAUUCAUUGUCCAAUAGAAUUUUAUGCAACACGAAGGCUUUGCAUGAAACAACAAUCGCUCUUGCUUUGUUUUAUGCCACUCUUCAUGGUUGUUUUCAUCAUAGUCAAUAACUUCAUAAUAUUGCUUAUAUUCAAGCCACUGUACACAAGUAUUGAUGUAGGUAAAACUAAAAUAUGGAGAAUGUUAUUCAUCCACCAAUUUCUGUUGUAUGCAAGGGAAGGUGGAACCCCUACAAUGGCAAAUAAUGAAGAUUCUACUGUAGGAUAACAUUGCACUAUAACAUUUUUGAUUUAGCUGAACAUAAAUGAAUUAAGAGCUUCUUUGUUAUUCAUUGAAUACUAAAAUGCUGAAUAAUGUAUUUCUCAUAUCUUUUUAAUGUAAUAGAUAUACCUGUUAAUGAUGUAAGGUUGUAUAUAGAGUUACAGAGCACUACAGCACAGAAGCAGGCCUUUGUCCUUCUAGUCCAUGCCAGCCUGGUUUUCUGCCUAGUCCCAUCUAACUGCACCUGGUCCAUAGCCCUCCAUACAUAUCCAAAUUUCUCUUAAAUGUUACAAUUGAACCUGCAUCCACCACUUCCGCUGGCAGCUCAUUCCACUCUCGCACCACCCUCUGAGUGAAGUAGUUCUCCCUCAGAUUCCCCUUUAAAUAUUUCACCUUUCACCCUAAACAUAUGACCACCAGUUUUAGUUUUAGGCUAUUCAUUGUCAGUAGCAUGUAUUAAUCUUAGACAGUUUCAUAAGUCACCUGAAAUGCUGCUGAUAAUAAUCCAGAUGUUGGAUGUAAAAUGAGCUUGUUAGCUGUGUGUGAUAAUUGGUUUGAACUGUCACUGAUGUUCAUUUGUCAUUUGGCACUACUGGAGGACACAUGUUAAUUGAGGGACUGAUCCAGGUACCAUUGGAGCACAAGGAAAGGGAUGGGAGAUUACUGAGAGCUUUUUAUCUAAACUUUAGACAAUCACUUGUUCUAAACUUUCUAUUUUGCAGGGAUCCAAAGAUAACUGUCACAUUCCAAUCCAAGCCCAAAGUUGACAGUUCAGCUCAUCUGUGUUGCCCCAGAUCCUGCUGCCAGUGAGCUGUGAUUUUGUCGUCUUUGAUGGUUUAAUAAAGGUAGCAUUAAAAAUGAACAUUAGUAAAGGAAUCAAGUGACAGCCAUCCAUGGACAUCUGGAGACAAUUCUAUAAUAAAUUAAGGCCAAUGUAACUGGGUUAAAACUAAUCAUUUCAGAUUCAGCAGACAAUGAGAAAAGACCUAAUUGACUAACUGUUUCAAUGGGAAAAUAGAUUAGAUCACCCCAUGCUGUUUGAUUCAUUGACUAAUUUACGUUGGGGUUUGCAGACAAUAGAUAAACAUUUUCAUUACAUCAAUCUGAACAAGAUUCAUAACCAGGACUCUGAGGUGAAAGGGACGUAUACGCUAUAUAUCCACUAUCCUGACAAAAGCUUUUUAACAAGGUAACUAAUUUACAAAGCCAAAGUUCAUCUAUUUCAGGAUUGUUAAAGCAACAAUACAAAUAAUUUAUUUGCAGUAGUACCCCACCGAUGUUUCAAAAGUUAAUUACACAAGUUGUUUGUCAUUGUGUUCCCUCACUGCACUGUAGAGUUGAUGGUCAAACAAUGGUUGGAAAAGAGAAGAAAAUAAAGCUGAACAAAAUAAAAGCA